CUCCCACUCCUCGCUGUAGCCACUGCACCACCCCUCUGCACUUCUCUCCAUCACUCCACUUCCUUGCUUGUGGUCGAGUGUCGGAUUGUUUUGUAGCGCACUCCGCACGGGCAGGUCAGGUCGAGACGUUUCUCUUCUGUAGUCUGUACACCACGGCCUCUACCAACCCCCCCACACCGUUUUUCCCUCCUCCACCGUCCACCAUGGCGCAGAUUCGAGGCACCGCGGGCUACCAGCUCGGCAACCAAAACCCCUUCGGAGGCCCCGGUCGGGACGCCGCCACGAACGAUCCCAGUCCGCUGGACGCGAUCCGAGAGCAGACGAGCAAGAUCGAGGACAUACUCGAUACGUUGGCAGAACCCAUCCGACCAUAUAUGCCCGCCAUCGGCCGCUUCCUCAUCGUGGUAACGUUUCUGGAAGAUGCACUGCGGAUAAUAACCCAAUGGAACGACCAGCUCACAUAUCUACGGGACUACCGACACAUCCCCGUGGGCAUCACCCACAUCUUCCUCAUCGUCAACGUCAUUGCCAUGACCGCUUCCUCCCUCCUCGUCAUCGUCCGUAAGCACUCCGAAUACGCCGUCUGCGGCCUCCUCGGCGUCGUCGUCACACAAGCGCUUGGCUACGGCCUCAUCUUCGACCUGAACUUCUUCCUGCGCAACCUGUCCGUCGUCGGCGGCCUGUUCAUGGUGCUCUCCGACUCGUGGGUGCGCAAGAAGCUCGCCGGCGCCGGGCUGCCGCAGAUGGACGAGAAGGAUAUGAAGAUGUACGUGCAGCUGGUGGGGCGGGUACUGUUGAUCUUCUUGUUCGUCGGGUUCGUGUUCGCGGGCGAGUGGUCGAUUUGGCGGGUCAUCGUGUCGGUUCUGGGGUUCGGGGCGUGCAUCAUGGUCGUGGUGGGGUUCAAGGCGAAGUUCAGUGCGAUCAUGUUGGUGGUCAUUCUGAGCAUCUUUAACUUGCUGGUGAACAAUUUCUGGACGCUCCAUCCGCAUCACCCACACAAGGACUUUGCCAAGUACGACUUCUUCCAGAUCUUGUCGAUUGUCGGCGGGCUGCUCCUCCUGAUAAACAUGGGUCCCGGAGACAUCAGCAUCGACAACAAGAAGAAGAUCUAUUAAACAGAGUAAAACCCAGAUAUGGUUACGCCCAUCCGCUGUGGUCGUCUAUGAAUCAUGAUUCCGGACGCAGGCAGUUCAGUUGCCCGUGAGGGAGCUUUCCUGAAAGUCGGGGGGGAUUAGCACAGCAUGUCACCGAUGACUGGAGAUCACAUGUAUUGUAAGGUAGCUUUAAAAGUCAUCAUUCGUCGAGUCUAGGCUAGCUCUAGUGCCUGAAAUCGAUAUUCUUUAAACGAA